AUGACUUUGAUUGGUAAAACGGUGCAUUUCUCGAUUGACUUCCUGCUUAUAUCAACCUGCUUGGCAGGUAUCAAAAGGAACACAGGACUUACAGUUAAGACUGAUAAAAUCGCAAAUCAGACAGCGAAGGAGUAUAUGACGAAAUACCUAAAUAUUGGUGAAUCUCUCUAUGAUUACAGUGUGGCGACUUGUGGAUCUUCAUCUUAUUUCGUAAGAAAAUAA